AUGGCCCGCUUGUCGCCGAUGGCUUGCUUGGGGUCUACAAGACAGGAGCACGAUGCGGACAAGAGUCAGGUGAUGGCAGACAGCAUAGGCAUAGUCAUUGACAGGGCCUGUCAGGAUCCGGAAGGCAAAACUGACGAGGAGUCCUGCAGCCGCUUGAAGCUGCACGUGCGGCACUUUGCAGCCGAUCAGUGCACAUCUGCCCGGAAGUGUGGAAGGUUGUUGGUCACUGGCGGCCAGUAUCCUAACCUGGUCUGGGUAAGCCAUGAUCCUGCGCACCAGGUUCGUAUUGCCUACCAGGACCCUCUUCACGCCAUGCCCGAGUUCCAAGACCAGUGGGAGCGUUUGUUUGCUCCCGGCAAGGGCAAGCAUGCGCUUAUCCCGGACAUCCAGAACUCAGAAGUCUGGAAGGCCAGGCUCAUGGCGGCCCAGCAAGAGGUUCUCAGGCUCCAUGGCUCCCAGGCUGGUGUGGAGAAGGUGAUCCGAGCGUUGUCGUUCUCCCAACCUCGGUUUGACUCGUCGGCCACACCAAUGCUGAAGUACUUGUGCAUGAUUCGUGCGAUGGCGGUCUUAUGUGCUAUGCAGGCUGCUGACGAGAACUUUGACAUUGAGGAUCCAGAUGUAUCCUGCACCCCCAGAGUGCUGGAAGAGUUCACCAAGCGCCAGCGGUUCUUAUUUGUGGAUGGAUACAUCCUCUCCGACAGCUCGCAGUUAGUUUACGAGGAGAUCCAGACACCAGAGCCGCAACUACCCUGCAAGUUUGUCGUCGUCAUAGCGGUUGUGUUCCAGAUCUUCUAUGGCAACAGAGUCCACUACCUGUGCACGAAGGCCGGCAUUUCUGAUGUAAGGCAGAUCAUGGGAACUAUGGCGCACGUGGUCGAGGCGAUGCUGGAGCGUUUGCGAGUAGAUCUGACGGAGGAUGAGAUCGCCGUGGCUCUGCAGGUAUUCAACCUUCGGCUGUGGCAGGAGACGAACCGACAACAGGAGCUAGUGGACUCUACACGCAAGCUCUGUGAUAUGCUCAAGCUUUCGCACGGGGAGAUUGCGAAGAGUCGCAAUCUUGCUUCAGAGAAAGUCAAGGCACUCGGGCACCCUGGCCUGUCCGACACCUUUUGGACAUUUGCAAAGACUGUCCAGCUGCUCAAGGUCGAAAAAGUCCAGGAUGGUGAGGAACAGAACUUGAGGUACAACAACACCUUGUACAACAAGGCCUUACACCAGGCUGCCACAGCAGCUGUUGCAGUGCUGCGGGGUCCAUCCGGUCCCGUGGAGAAGGCUGCCCGGAGAUUGGAGCUGGAAUUUGGGCGGGGCAUCUUGAGCAGUCAGUACUCGAAGUUGAGCAAGCUGUUAUCGCUGACCAACAAGCUCGCAUCUGCUACCAGAAACGCUGUAGACCUGACGGCCUGGAUGAUCGACUCCUUGACGCUGGCCCUGCGCAUGAACAUGGUCACGCCAGCUAAAUGCACCGAGAAGUUUCUGGAUCGAGACCGGAAGACAGGCGAUGCUGGCUUUUGGUUGUCGCGCAUGCUGGUGGUGCAGGUCUUCGAUUAUGCAGCAAAGCUGGCGAACAAGUUGCCUGAGCCGGACAAGGUUAAGCUGACAGGGAUUUUGGCUGAACUCCGUUGCCCUUCCACAUGUUGGGAGAAAUAUCUCUGCCAUGCUGAUGCUGAUCAAGGGGCUGCUGGAGAGGACGACAUGGACGGCGAGGACCCAGAGGACGUGGAGCGCCCUGUUCCGCAGUCCAAGAUUGGAGCUGUUAAAGAGGGUUUCAACAAAGCCAUUGGCAUGCUUUUGGAUUUGCUGCUGGAGCUGAUGUCGGGGAAGUACUACAAGGAUUGCUGCAUGCUGGCUUCGAGUGAAGAUGGCCUUGCAAAGGCAUUGACAGCUGCACAGCUUGGAAGCUCGGAUGACACGGAGCACGAGGAGCCAUGUGCGCUUAUCACUCAGAUGAAGAUCAUUGUCGACAAGUUCGACAACAGCACGAAGUCCGUUGGUGCCACAUCUGCGGCUCCUGCUCCGAGUUUGCUCCAAAGCCUGGCCAAGGCUUCUGAAGCUGACACACCCGAGGAAUGUGUCGAGCGUGAGCGGCAGUGGAAGGCGGUGCAAACGGAACGCCGCAAGUUCGUGUCGUUCUCGGUACCGAACAAGAUCUCGAAGGACUGCCUAGUCAAUGCGUUCAGAGGUUGCGGCAAGGUCUUCACGCACAAGGGCACCUUAAACUCUUCGCACCGCCUGAUCGUUGCCAGUGCGGAUCUCUUGGCAGAGGCUGGUACCGACCCGUGGCUCAAGGGCACUCCGCCAAGCGAGGAAUGGAAAGAGAUCUGUGCCUUUGCCAAAGACAUUUCUGGGCCCGAGGAUUUCGUCGUACUCUUCGACGGCAGAAUGCGGGAAAUUCGCCGCGUGUCCGAAGACCUCCUGCUGAACCAGCAGCACACCGAGGAGUGCACCAUCGUGUACUCAGGUGGGUGCCCGCCGAGAACUGGUCGCACUCGCCGCGUUCCGCUGGCUGCAAAGAAGGUGGAGACAGGAGCGGUUAAGUUCCCGGUCGCACGCACCAAGAUUCAGACGACGAAGAAAGGCUCCUUCACAGUCUGCGGCGAGGCUUCUACGUACCAAGGCACUUACUCAGGCGUGGAGUACCGUGCGGUUUCUGAAAUGCCCCUCGUGUCUGCAGACACCAAGAAGAAGAUCAUUGCUCCGGCAACAACCGGCGACCUCCCGACACCGCCAGAGGACUGGCAGGAUCGCCACGGCUCCGACGUACCCUUGUUCUGGAACGAGUCGAAGCCGAUAGCAUAUUGGAAUGCCAUCAUUGAGGAGUUUUGCGCGGAGGCAGUGUUUGACCUCACGGCUGGCACCGGUGCUCUGAUGGAGGCUUCUUUGACUGCCGGCAUCGCAUACCACGGGCUUUGCAGCCUCAACAAGGAGCACAUGUCGUGGGUCCAGGCGGUUGCUGAUCGCGCAGCUUGCGGAAUGAUGGCUUUGGAGGGAUCCACUCUUUACUCGGACGAGAAUGCCAAGGCGGUGAAGAAGCAUUUCCCGCACGUUCUGGAGAGCUUGUCCAACCAAGACGACCAGGACGAGGCCUACCAGACGCCUCUGGGGCAAAACCAGUCUCAAGACGGCUUCUCGUCGGAUGCCCCGGGGGCUCGAAGGGCCUUCGUCAUCUGGUUCCAGGAAAACUCCGAAGUCAAGAAAGGCGCUCCCAAGCACGAGUUUCUCAAUGAGAUGAAGCAUCUUGGCGCAGUCUGGCAGGGCAUGACCGACAAGCAGAAGGCACCAUUCAUGGCGAGGAGCAAAGAUGAGUUCAUGGCUCAGCGAAGUGCACUGGCCGUUCUUGGCAUCAGGAUGCGGGGCUCCACGACCAGUGCGGGCGGCCCCGACGAGGCGAAGGACCCCCCUGCCGCUGACGAAUCUGGCGGUCGCGUUGGCCCAUUUGAGCUUAAUGGUGCAAGGGCUCCAAUUGGAGGCGGAGCCUAUGGCAGUGUCUACAGUUGCCAGCAUCCGCAAAGCGGCCUUAACGUGGCGGUGAAGGUUUAUCGUGGCUCCGAUGGAGCGGGGCGAGAACCAUCCUCGACGCCUGACAACGGCGCAGCUGGACGGCCAAGCCAAGACCAGGUCCUGCAGUCGACAGAGAUCCAGAAUGGAGAGGCUUCGGUGCCGCCAGCUCUGGCGAUGAUCCCCGCAGAGGCCAUGCUGGAUCCACGUCUGGGUGUCCCUGAAAAGGCUAUGGUGGAGCCUUCUCCGGAUGCACCUGCGCAGGCGAUGGUGGUGCCUUCCACGAAUGUCCAUGCACAGGUUGUGCCGCCUUCGGCGAAUGUCAGUGCACAGGCGAUGGUGGCUCCGCCUUCGACGGAUCUCGCCGCAGAGGUGGGUCUGCAUGCUUCCGAUUGA